UUCAAGCAGAGGAGCCCGCUUCCACAGUUAGACCCUAUUCCCUCGUCUCUUCUUCCAUUCCAUUGUAACUCCUAUCAUAGCACAUACACACGCACAAGAAUGACACAGAAACUUUUGUCUUUCUCUUCUCUGUGAACAACCACAGCUACUACACUGAGUGGAUAUUGGGUGCCUUGACACUAUCAAAAUGAGAUCUUUUUGAGUAUUUCUGUGCUAUGUUUUGUAGUUUUGAAUACCCUUUUGUCUCUUGUCAAUUGGGUUUUCAACAUAUUGGCAAAUUGUCAUCUAUGCAACUAAUAAUCAUUCAUGACAUCUGUGUUUGGUAAUGUAAACGAGUGGUGGAUUGUGCCACUAAUCUCAUCUCUGCAACUAAUUACUUAUAAAGGUUCUAUUUUGGAAUCAUGAUCUUAAUCUCUAGCAUUUGAAAAUUUAACUGUGGUUAUGGUUGGUUCAAAUAGAGAAGGGAAGGGUGAUAUCGAAGUGUUGAAUUAAUGCUUGGUGUAGUACUAUUACAAUGGCUGAGAGAGAUGUUUCUUCUUCUUCUUCUUCCCUCAAGGUUGUUUCUAGAAAGUCAUUAAUUUUGUUCUUCACAAUGAUAUCGGUCCUGUUUAUCAUGUCUUGGUUCUUUGUUUUGCGUUCCACAGGUCGUCCUCAUUUCAUUGACCACAACUUGUUACCCAAUUCAAAGCUUUUCUCUACCUUUGAUGGUUCAAAGUCUCAGAUGCAGACCCAAAAUGUUGAAUCCUCAUUUGGGAACCGAGCAAUCCUUGUGGAUAGUAAAGAGGUGGAAGAGUCCAGUGAGAAGGAAAAACCUGAAAAAAGUGAUGUUGGGAAAUGCAGCAGAAAUGAUAAAGUGGUUCUGAAGGUUUUCAUGUAUGAUUUACCAUCAGAGUUUCAUUUUGGACUCUUGGGUUGGAAAGCCAGUGGGAAUAGUGUUUGGCCUGAUAUUAGAACUGUAAUACCUGGUUACCCUGGAGGUUUGAAUUUGCAACAUAGUAUAGAGUUUUGGCUUACAUUGGACCUUCUUGCUUCAGAAAUUACUCAAGCCUCCAAGGCUGGGACUGCAAUUCGAGUUCGAAACUCCAGUGAAGCUGAUAUUAUAUUUGUACCAUUCUUUUCAUCUCUGAGCUAUAAUCAAUACUCAAAACCUAAUCCACAAGAAAAGAAGAAGACCAGGAACAAGAUACUUCAAGAAAACUUAGUGAAGUAUCUGACAGAACAAGAGGAAUGGAAGAGAUCAGGAGGAAAGGAUCAUUUGAUUUUAGCCCACCAUCCCAACAGUAUGUUGGAUGCAAGAAUGAAGCUGUGGCCUGCUACAUUCAUACUUUCAGACUUUGGGAGAUACCCUUCAAAUAUAGCCAAUGUUGAAAAGGAUGUGAUUGCACCUUAUAAACAUAUAAUCAGCUCCUAUGUCAAUGAUGACUCCACCUUUGAUAGCCGUCCAACAUUGCUGUACUUCCAAGGAGCAAUAUAUAGAAAAGAUGGAGGUUAUGUUCGGCAAGAGCUAUAUUAUCUUUUAAAAGAAGAAAAGGAUGUACAUUUUUCAUUUGGAAGUGUUCAGAAAGAUGGAAUUAAGAAAGCUACAGAAGGCAUGCGUUCUUCCAAAUUUUGCCUUAACAUAGCUGGUGACACCCCUUCUUCAAACCGCUUGUUUGAUGCCAUUGCUAGUCACUGUGUCCCUGUUAUCAUCAGUGAUGAAAUUGAGCUCCCAUAUGAAGAUGUCCUUGACUACUCAGAGUUCUGCAUAUUUGUUACUACAAGGGAUGCUAUCAAAGGAAAUUAUCUAAUAAAUUUCAUUAGGAGUAUUGGCAAAGAUGAGUGGACCCGAAUGAGGAACAAGUUGAAAGAGGUUAAACAUUUCUUUGAAUUUCAAUUCCCAUCUAAGGAGGGUGAUGCUGUCCAAAUGAUUUGGCAGGCUGUUGCACGUAAAGUUCCUGCUAUGAAGUUGAAGCUAAACAGGUCUAGGAGGUUUUAUAGGUCCCCUCCAAGUACAGAGAAAGGACUAAAAUCUAUACCUGUACCAAGUAAUUUUUGGUGAAAAAGAUAACGAUGUUAUUUGAAGUUAUGCACCUCACAGAGCCUUUGUAUAUGAAAAAUGUCAUAACGUUUUACCUUUACAAAUGGGGUUUAGCGAGUGUUCUUUUAAAAGACACAAGUUUAUCUCCUUAUAGCAGUUUUUUAACUAUGCAUUCCAGGAAAUGUAUAGUUAUAAUGUUAAAGUUGUACUUUUUUUUUUUUUCUUUUCAGAAACUGUCUGUUGACGUGGAAAAUGAAAAAAAGUACAAUUUUAAUAUUAUAAUCAUGUAUUUCUUGGAAUGUAUAGUUAAAAAUUGUUAAAAGGACAUAAGUUUGUGUACUUUAAAAGGACACUCUUUUUUCCCUUACAAAUGUUCUCAUUUCUAUACUGACAUUUUAAGGUUCUUUCCUAUUAUAAAGUUUUCUCACUUGUGAUUUUGAUACUGACAUUGUAUCGUUCUUACCAGAAGUUUCAUGAUAGGAAAGAGAAUUUAGGCUUUCAGAUUCCAUUUUUAGUUGGGGAUAUAUAAUUUAGAUUUCUUUUGUAUAUGAUUUGUUCAAUGAUGGGCCUCCAAUGAAAGUUUAUAAAAGAAGGGAUCAGUAUGGAAAGAAGCAAGUCCAAGUGAACCAGAUCCAAGAUGGAGGGAGGCAAGAUGCUGUGAACGAAGGCAAAACCGUUAUGGAAAGAGAAAAGGAGUCAGUUAGCCGAUUGGACAGCUGGCAAGCUCUGAAUGGUGAAUUGGAUGUGGGAGAGAAUAGAAAGUGGGAAGGAUAGUUUGUUGCAUAAAGAGGGACGCAUGACAGAGAAGAGGGCAUUGAAGAUGAAUUAUCAAGGAAAGGGGCGAUUGUGAAUUUUAUGAGAGAGGGGGUUUUCUCUUGUAAAAGGAGCAUGAGGAGUGUUAUUUGAAUUUAGUAGAAAUUAUGUGUUUCUGUAAUUCCUUUAUUUCAGUCUGAGUGUAA